AUGGCCUCGGUCGCCGCUUGGCUGCCGUUCGCCCGGGCGGCGGCCAUCGGUUGGGUGCCGAUCGCCACGCACCCACUGCCGCCGCCGCCGGUGCCCAAGGACCGGCGAAGAAUUGACGACGAGAAGCUACUGAUCAACGUCUCGGGGCGCCGGUUCGAGACAUGGCGGAACACGGUGGAGAAGUACCCGGACACGUUGCUCGGGUCCAACGAACGCGAGUUCUUCUACGACGAGGACUGCAAAGAGUAUUUCUUCGACCGGGACCCGGACAUAUUCCGGCACAUACUCAACUACUACCGCACCGGCAAGCUGCAUUACCCGAAGCACGAGUGUCUGACCAGCUACGACGAGGAGCUGGCGUUCUUCGGCAUACUGCCGGACGUCAUCGGCGACUGUUGUUACGAGGACUACCGGGACCGGAAGCGCGAGAACGCCGAGCGGCUGAUGGACGACAAGCUGUCGGAGAACGGCGACCAGAACCUGCCGCAGCUCACCAACAUCCGGCAGAAGAUGUGGCGGGCGUUCGGCAACCCGCACACGUCCACCGCGGCGCUCGUAUUCUACUACGUUACCGGUUUUUUCAUCGCCGUGUCCGUCAUGGCCAACGUGGUGGAGACGGUGCCAUGCGGCCACCGGCCCGGCCGCGUCGGCACGCUGCCGUGCGGCGAACGCUACAAGAUCGUGUUCUUCUGCCUGGACACGGCGUGCGUGAUGAUCUUCACCACCGAGUAUCUGUUGCGGUUGUUCGCCGCCCCGGACCGGUGCAAGUUCAUGCGCAGCGUCAUGAGCAUCAUCGACGUGGUGGCCAUCCUGCCGUACUACAUCGGCCUGGGCAUCACCGACAACGACGACGUGUCCGGCGCGUUCGUCACACUCCGCGUGUUCAGGGUGUUCCGGAUAUUCAAGUUCUCCCGGCACUCGCAGGGACUGCGCAUACUCGGCUACACGCUCAAGUCGUGCGCUUCCGAACUCGGAUUCUUGGUGUUCUCCCUGGCCAUGGCCAUUAUCAUAUUUGCCACGGUAAUGUUUUACGCCGAGAAGAACGUGGACGGUACGAACUUCACGUCUAUACCGGCCGCCUUCUGGUAUACCAUCGUCACCAUGACCACGUUGGGGUAUGGUGACAUGGUACCAGAAACAAUAGCCGGAAAAAUUGUUGGUGGAGUGUGUUCACUCAGUGGAGUGCUUGUUAUCGCACUACCUGUACCAGUAAUCGUGUCUAAUUUCAGUCGAAUCUACCAUCAAAAUCAGCGAGCAGAUAAAAGAAAAGCUCAAAGAAAAGCACGGCUAGCUAGGAUAAGGAUAGCAAAGGCCUCUUCGGGUGCCGCAUUUGUAAGCAAAAAAAAAGCGGCUGAAGCCAGGAUGGCGGCUCAAGAAUCCGGGCUAGAGCUUGAUGAAAAUUACAGAGAAGAAGACAUAUUUGAACUGCAGCAUCAUCAUUUACUUCGAUGUUUGGAAAAAACGACUGAUAGAGAGUUUGUGGAGCUCGAAGUGCCAUAUAACGGUCAAUCAAAAAGGCCAUGCUCACCGUCUCCCCUACUGAGCCCUAGCCAUUCGGCAUUAAGCAGGGUGAACUUCUUAAGCUCAUGCUGUACAAGAUGCUGUAAUCAACGGUAUCAGAAGCACAAGCGAGAGAGCUCGCCGGACUCGAUAGGCGAGCCCAUCAACGAGGAGGAGCUGAUCGAGGUGCAGAUGAAGCAGCGUCACACGUCCGCGGCGGCGGCGCCCGGCGGCGGCAAGUCGAGCAACUCGCUCGACUACAACAGCUGCGACAUGCCGUCCGCGUCCGCGGGCCACAAGUCGUCGGCCGCGGGUUCGCCGUCCUCGGCGUCCGCUUCGGCGGCCGCGACCACGGCGGUGGCCGGCAGCAGCAGCGGGCCGGCCGGCGGUUCCACUUCCGUGGUGUCCGUGCACGGCUGCAACAACCCCAACUCGAGCACGUCGUCCGUCGUCGUCAACCUGCCCACGUCCUAUCCGAACUCGGAGAUGGACUACGGGUCGGCCUCGUACCCGCCGUCCCCGUCGCUGUCCUCCAACAACGACAAGCCGCAAGUGCGCAUCACGUUCCUCUAGCCGCCGUCCGACUCCGAACCACUACGUUGUAAUAUUAUUUCAUUGUUACGUAUUAUUAUUAUUAUUAUUAUUAUUAUUAUUAUUAUUAACUGUUCCAUUUCGUUUUUCGCUGCAGAUAUGCGCGCGUCGUUUCCCGUUCGUUCGUCUCGUCGCGUACAGUUGUUCUGUCGUUUUACCGUAUCGUGUAUCGUUUUAAUAAUAUAGUACGUUUUACGGCCACGUGAUAAUAUUAAUAAUGACAAUCGCCAUUAUUAAUAUCGUUAUCGUCGUUUUGUUAAUAUUAUAUAUAUAUAUAUGUAUGUGUGUGUGUAUUAUAUUAUACAUAGGUAUUUUAUUUACCCGGCUAACCCUAAGUGUAUUAUAAUAGGCGCGUGCCCCCCCCCCUCGAGUCAUUAGUCCGGCCUGCAGUCCCGUCGAGGGUGUGCGCGUUUCACAUAAACUGCAGUUUUGGUGUACCCAUAUAAAUAUAUGAUAAUAUGUAUACCUAACCAGUUAGUCGACCCCGUCGCCGCCGCGAAAAUAAACGUCAACCGCUGUUUUUAAGGUGUAGACACCGUUUUCAGACGUUUGACGGGGUGAUUGAGAACGGGGUGUCCGAUCACGUCAUCGUAUCCAAUGCCGACAAACGUAUCAUUCCGUUCGGAAUUCAAAAAUAGUAUGCCGUUUAUUAAGAGGACGCUAUAUACUCGCAACAUGUCCGCGGUCGCGGUCCUACAAAAAUAUGAUAAAUAUUAAAUAAAAAUCUCGAGUCGAGUUGAACCGAUUUCGUGUUGUUGGCUUUAAUACUAGAGUAAUGGAGUGAAUUGAAUCAUAGGCGUGACUAGCCCUGAACUGAAGGCCACCCAAGCCCCCCCCCCCAGAAAUUUUGGAUAAAUGUAUGUGCAUAUAAACGUACUAGUAUUAAAUUUAUUUUUGCCUACAACAUAACAAAAUAUAAUGUUUCAUAUAAAUGAAUAAUCAUUCAAAUCAGUUGUAAACACAAAUAGAAACAAUAAAUAAUAAUCAAAUUAAAAAAAAAUUUGCUAUAAAACAUUUUUAGGAAUUUAGCUCCCCCGAACUUAAAGGACUAGUUACGCUCAUGAAUUGAAUUAAAAUUUCGAACAAACUUAAGCACAGAUAAUAUUCUUGACUUUGAUAUUAUUAGGUCGAUUAGCUUUAAUAUUAAAGCUAUAACAAUACACACAAUCGGAGACAACAUAUUUGGGUGUAGCGUCCUCUUGACAAUUUUUCAAAUACACACACACGUUGGUACGAUACUUACGUCGUUACGAUUAUCUGCAUGACGACGACGACGACUACUAAAAUGAUGAUGAUAAUACGCCUUGGCGCUUAUGCGUAGGUAGGUACACGACUCGCGUAGCAUUUUAAAAAUGCUUUUAAAAAAAAACCAUGGGAGCUUUACAUUUUAUCUGUUUUCCUUCCCGUAUAAUGGUCGAAAUAUAAUUAUCUAUGCUAAUAUUACUUUAUCAUGAAAAACAAAUUGUGUGACACCAUAGCCUUUUUUGUGUACCUAGUGACUACCUGUAGCUACCUACGCUCGUCAUAAAUUCUAUCCAGUCAACAUUCAACACCCACGCAGACGAACAACGGUUUGUCGCGUCAAGUCGUUCAUUCCGUCACCCGGAACAAACCCGCUACUCCACUCUCCCCCCCCCUCCCACGUCACUCCUCUAUCGAGCAUAUUAUAUACCUACUGGCUAUACACACAGUCCUUUCUGCUUAUAGAACAACGCAGUAAUUAUAAUAAUACGGCUUGUGUACGAACCGAAUAAUGAAUACGUCUAACACGUAUGAUACACAUAUAUUUAUAUAAACAAUUAUUAUUAUGUGCACGUGCACAUAUCUAGUCGAACUUAGUCCCGGUCACAUCAACAAUAUCCGUCCGCCCUGUGUGCAUGCAAUUUUAAUCGAGCAAAGUCCUAGUGGGAUUUGCACUAAUAAUGCGGGGUUUGAAAUAAUAAUGCGUCAAGUAACAGCUGAAACCCGUCGACGGGGCUGCUCCUCAUCAUUACAUAUUUAAUCGUUAUUAGGGCCUAUUCAAAAACAUAUACCUACCCACUAAUUAUUAUGUCACGACAAAACAGUUUUUUCAAACAUUAAUCGGGAGAAAUAUCGAUGAUUUCAUUUUCAUAUUCAAACAGAUGAUCGAAACGGUAAUAGCUAUGAUUCUUGUUAAAAAUUAUAAAAUAAAAACUAUUACAACGUAUUUAAACAACGCACACUGUUAAUUAUUAUAUCUCAAAUUCAAAAUGUAUCCACCGUAUAGUUAUUAAAUUCCAUUAUUCAACCAGUAGAUAUAUGCUAAUCAGUUUAGAUACCUACGGCGUAUCGCAUUCUCUUCUCGUUCGAUUAUUUUGUGAAAAAAAAAUUAAAUUUAAAAAUAAACAAUAACGCAAUAGAUUAUUGGUCCAUACAAAAAAUUCGAAUUUGUUAACUCAAUCAGAUGUGUUCAUAUUUUUCAGUUACAUAACUCGAAAUAUUUAAAAAUAAAUUUAUUUUUGUCAGCCUCAGACUCUACGCCUCGACAGUAUGAUUGCAGUAUAUUAUAUCAAAGCGAUUUAAUUUGUCUUUUCGUUCCACCAUUUAAAAUUUUAAAUCAGUCCUUCGCACUCCUUAUAGCGAUAUAAGUCUUUUAGAUAGAUGCUCUCCUCUACCCAUAGAUUAAAUUUUCAGAAUCUUAUCAUAUAUAUUCAAAAGGUGUAGACACCUUUGACUGUUGUUUUGUAACAUAUAAUAGAUACGUAUAGGCAAAGGUAUAAUAUUCGCAGUUCAAUAAGCAUAAUGAUAAACCACUUAAGUCCCCGUCAUAAUAUUAUGCAACGUGUAAAGAGUAAAUAAUAAUAAUUUUCUGUCGAGUGUUAUUUAAAAAGCUAGUCUCUAAGUCAUAGUGGGUUUUGUUAAGGUUAUUUCCGGCCAAUAUUAAGUGUGAGGUACAUAAAACGUGAGUUGUGAAGAAACGAGCGACACCAAAACGUCUGAUUUUAAUUUUCAAAGGACCUAGAUUUAUUAACAGUCAAAAUUAUAUAGGUAAUACAUAAACUUUGAAUAUUUUUUGUUACAAUCUGUUACAUUUAAUCGUGGGUCUAUUGUUAUGUGGUUCUAAAUCGAUGUUUUUCAAAAAAGCACAUUUUUAAAAUUAAUUAGUAGAUACUUCUAUAGUUUUUUGUAACUUAUGAUUGAUUUCUGCAAAUUUUAAAAUUAUUUUCAAUUAAAAAAU